AGGAUUGUCACCCUAUCUUAGGUACUAGUCUGUUUAUUACUAAACCUACCACCAGUGCACUACAUGUGUACUCAUGGGUCCGACCCUUGGCAGUCUUUGUUCAACUUCUUUCACUUAGCUCUUCGUCUCACACCAUGACCAAAACUGUCCUUACCACCCCAGAGCUAGGCACUGUCGUACAGCCCGUUUACCAAUACUCCGACGAGCAAACAGCCCAGGUAAAGGCAUUACGCGAGCAUACAGAUACCUUGCUCCUGGAUCCCUCAGAUCCGUAUCAUAAAUGGGAGCUCCGGUGGGUGAAUAAGCCGGAUACCAUGCCCCGGUACAUGCGUGCAGCCAAAUGGAAACUCCCAGACGCGAUGCAUAGAAUAGAGGGAACGCUCAAGUGGAGGAGGGAGCUCCAGCCGGAGCUAAUCAAACCUGAUGACGUGAAGAUAGAAUCCGAGACCGGGAAGAUCCUCUUAAACGGCUUUGAUAAAGAUGGCAGGCCUAUCAUAUACAUGCGCCCUGGUCGCGAGAACACCGAGACCAGUCCUAGGCAGUUGAGACACCUUGUCUGGUGGCUAGAACGCGCAAAAGACUUGAUGCCCCCGGGACAAGAGACGCUGGUUAUUAUCGUAGACUACAAGUCCACGACGCUUCGCACCAACCCUUCGAUAUCCAUUGCCAGCAAAGUACUUACGAUCCUUCAGCAGCACUACGUAGAGACCCUCGGUCGCGCAAUCGUCACCAACCUCCCAAUGUUGCUUAAUUUCUUCUACAAAGGUAUUUCGCCGUUCUUGGAUCCUGUCACCCGGGACAAGAUGAGGUUCAAUCCCGAUCUUCUCGAGCUCAUUCCAAAGUCUCAACUGGACUCUGACUUUGGAGGCGAUUUCGAGUUCGAGUUCGAUCACGAGAUAUACUGGAAGCAAAUCGUCGAUUUCUGCGGCAUCGCCGACGAUGGCACCCGCUUAGAAGGCUAUUUCGACGGACCAAAUAGCAUCCAUGCACAAUUGCCUUCACAGCUGUCAGACGCGGAUACUGAAUCCGGUACUGCAACACCCAGUUCCGCCUCCACCACUAUUGCAUCCGUUACCUCUGCCGGCGAGACAAAGGCGCUUGCUUCAGCCGAAGUGGCACCCGCUGCCCCCGAGUCGAUUGAGGCGUUGUAGAUUACUUAGAUAUAAUCUACUUAUCUUGUGAUAGCUUUGCGCUAUAUACACGGUCCUUUAGCCUGCUCAGCUUUUGACGUAGAAGUGUUUGUUAUGACGAGGUGGCCGAGUUCUCGCCAUGAUGCUAUGUGGAGCAUCAUGCAUCAUGCAUCACCC